AUGCAGCCGCAGUUUCACGUUCCCUCUUGCACCCUUACUUCUACUCCGUUAUGCCCACCCUCACUGAGUGUGACACGGGACAAGAAUGGCUCGCAGAAAGUAUUGGUAGAAGUGGCUCACACAACGUUGAGCGGACACCGAAAUUCACAGGAGGAUGCGGUCUGUAUUCAUGAGCGGGUGGCGUUUCCUCCGGAUUGCGUCGCACGGGAGGGAAUGCAGUUGUCUUCGGCAUCGACCUAUUCCCUCUAUGGUGUAUUUGAUGGGCACAAUGGAGACCACCUUUCCAACAUGGCUUCCCUGUAUUACCUUGAGCACUUUAACGAGGCUCUCAACAGAGUACCGCCGUCACUUACAUCAUGUGAAGCGACACCAACGUCAACACAGGACUGUUGUCAUCCAUCCGAUGGCGAUGCGGAUGCACACCCAAAAGCGCUUUUACCCGAGAAUGUACCCCCACAGCGCUUUCUUAGCAACGCGCUUGUGCAAUCACUCAUUCACCUUGACCGCACUUUGUACGACACAACGCCAUUUGCGCAACGAUCCCGAUCGGGCACUACUGCAGGUGUUGCCGCGUUUUAUCACGGUAUGCCAAUGUCGCCCCAUGGUCCGGUUCCGUGUUACCUUUCUAUUGCAAAUCUUGGUGACAGCCGCGCUGUUCUUGCCCGCAUCUCGGAUGGUCACGUAAUUGUGAGUACAUUUGAUCAUCGUGUUCCAACUUACCCUUCCGAGAGGGUGCGUGUUGAGCGAUGUGGCGGUUGCGUUGAGUGGGAUCGCGUAGACGGUGCGUUGGAGGUGACGCGGUCUCUAGGGGAUUUUAUUUACAAACUACCACCAGAAAAAUGGUUGGGGCAUCCAGGUGCCUGUGAUACAAGUGCUGCUCAAAUUGGAGGUAAAACACCCGCUGUAGAUGUCACGGCGCCGAUGCAUGAUAUCGUUGAAAUUACAUGCAGUCAGAAUAGUAACAGUAGAAUCGGGAGUGUUGGUAGCCUUGCGGAGGAAAUUCCUCCGCAACUUUCAAUGAGUUCAAUUUUGAGCUUGCGAGCAACGCCCUUGAAUCAAAACGAUGAUGAUAUAGAGAGGCAUCACAUGGAGAUGAGGUGCAGCUUAAUAGAUAACGUCGUCAGCAACGUUGCAGACGUUUACGAGGCGGAGCUGACAGGAGACGAGUUUCUUGUGCUCGCGUCGGACGGGCUGUGGGACCGCAUGAGUACGGAGGGGGUCGUUGAGUUUGUACGUGCGCGCCUCCUGCAGUCGGGUCUCUUACAUGGUGGCAACGUUCUGCAGCCGAUGCCGCAGUCUCUUGCUACUGCAGACCUCCCAAAGACACCAAUUCACUCAAGUAGCCCUUUGGUGGAUUUUCCACGGCGCGUGGAAAACACGCCGCCGCCUUCUCUUUUUCACAGCGGUCCAGACACUGCAGAGGUGAAGCACAUCUUUUCCAUGACGUUGCUGCAUACGGAUGGAGCAUCUCGAGGCAAACAGGACGACGGUGACUCGUCAGGGUUCGCCACACCGCCGCCGCAGUGCGCGGUUGGCAGGUGGGAGCAAAGGGAGAGUCCUGGCGACAGCCCGUACUCCUGCGGAACCCCACGACGAGUGCUGCAGGCGGUGGCGAACAGUUUGGCCGACCACGUGGUGCAUCAUCUGCACAGCGCCGACAACGUCACCAUCUUCCUCAUUCUUUUCCAUCGUGGAGGAUGA